GCCUCCGGGCCGGCAGGGGGCGCUGCGGCGGCGGCGGCAGUAGCAGCUCGGGCCUGGCGAAGGCGGAGCUAGUCGGUCGGUCGGUCGGUUGUCCGCUGCGGGAGGAUGAAGGCGGCGCAAGGCCGCGGCUCCGGCGCCCGACUCACCAAAUCGCAGUGAUAAAUGAAACUCAAGUGGAUUUAUUGGAAAAAAAAGAACUGCAUGUGCAAGGCAUCACCUGUACCAAGUUGCAUCGCUCACAGUGGCAGCUCUUCAAUUUGCCAUUUAAUGUGUUAAACUCCCUGCUUGCCCACGCCAAGAAGAAUGGGGCAGGAAAAAGGAAAAUAUGACUUUUACCUGGGCUUGAUUCUAGCCAUUAGCUCCAGCAUUUUUAUUGGAGGGAGUUUCAUCCUGAAAAAGAAGGGCCUCCUCAGACUGGCCAAGAAAGGGUCGAUGAGAGCAGGUCAGGGAGGGCAUGCAUAUCUUAAAGAAUGGCUGUGGUGGGCUGGACUAUUGGCAAUGGGUGCUGGCGAAGCUGCUAACUUUGCUGCAUAUGCUUUUGCUCCGGCUACGUUAGUAACCCCAUUGGGAGCCCUUAGUGUCCUAGUAAGUGCCGUUCUGUCAUCUUACUUCCUGAAUGAGAGGCUUAAUCUCCAUGGAAAACUUGGUUGUCUUCUAAGUGUUGUGGGUUCAACUGUGAUGGUAAUACACGCACCACAAGAGGAAGAGGUGGAAACGUUACAUGAAAUGGCCAUUAAACUUAAAGAUCCAGGUUUUCUGGUGUUCGCAACAUUUGUCAUCAUUAUUUCCCUGAUUCUUAUUUGUGUUGUUGGUCCCCGUCAUGGGCAGACGAACAUCCUGGUUUACAUAACCAUCUGUUCUGUAAUUGGUGCCCUAUCUGUGUCCUGUGUGAAAGGCCUUGGUAUUGCCAUAAAGGAAUUCUUUGCGGGCAAGCCCAUCCUUACCUACUCUUUGUCUUGGAUUCUUCUACUGAGCCUUAUAGCUUGUGUAAGCACCCAGAUUAACUACUUGAACAAAGCACUUGAUAUUUUCAACACAUCCUUAGUGACUCCCAUUUAUUAUGUGUUCUUCACUACAUCUGUUUUGACAUGUUCAGCUAUCCUUUUCAAGGAGUGGUAUCACAUGGACAAUGAUGACAUCAUUGGCACAUUGAGUGGUUUCUUCACCAUCAUAGUGGGCAUCUUUUUGUUGCAUGCCUUUAAAGAUAUCAAUUUAACACUGGCAACUUUGCCUGUGUUCAUGAGAAAGGAGGAGAAGGGAUUUGCUGCCAAUGGUAGUGUACAUUAUGAGCGGUUGGACCACAAUGUGGAAAACAAAAGCUGUACUGACAGUUCAGAAAUGCACCCCUCUGAAAUGAUAUCCUCCAGAAGAAAUGGCAACAUGAUCAACAUGUGAGAGUCGGAAAAUAAUGUGUGAGGGAUAAAGGAAAUGCACUGCCUGGCCUAUAGUAACUGUGCUGUCAUAGUCACCAGAAUUGAGCUGCUUGUAAAACAAAGGUUAUCUGUGUUGGUGACUUCAUUUGUUGUAAAGGAGAGUCUCUCGGGACAAUCAUUUUUCCUCCAGUGUGAUUGGAAUGGACAAAGGGUUAUUGUAUUUACCUUUUUAUUUGCCUUAAUUUUCAUGGCUCAUUUUUAAAAAAUAAACCAUUCGAAUGAUGCA